CCACCGCCGCCCCCUCCGCCUCCACCACCGCCACGAAUCAGCAAACGAGUGGUGAAGGCCGCCAAAGCAAUUCUGGACUUCAAGAAGACAAUAGCGAAUGGUCCAAAAGAGGUGUUGGACUCAUGGAAGGGCCUCGACGCUUGCAAGUACAAGGGCGUCACCUGCGACAAAAUCCCCGAUUUCGACAACGAAAGAGCCGUCGCCGGAAUCGACUUCAACGGCUACGGAUUCGAGGGCAAAGGCGGGCAACUCAAACUUGAAGGUUUCAUCGAAAGACUAGAGGAUUUAGCCUUCUUCCACGCCAACUCCAAUAACUUCACCGGCAUGGUCCCCGACAUUGACCUCAAAAAAAUCCGGUUCCUGUACGAAUUCGACCUCAGCAACAACAAACUCAGCGGAGAAUUCCCCUACAAAGUCCUCGCCGCCAAGAACCUCACCUUCUUAGACCUCCGGUUCAACCAAUUCUACGGCCAAGUCCCGAACGAAAUCUUCACUCUCGAUGUCCAAGUAAUCUUCAUCAACAACAACAACUUCCUACAGAACCUCCCCAGCAACCUGGGACAAACCCCGGCUCUUUAUCUGACCUUCGCGAACAACGAGUUCACCGGACAGAUCCCGGGGAGCAUCGGUCUCGCCUCCGAAACUCUAAUCGAAGUCCUCUUCCUCAACAACAAGCUCUCCGGCUGCUUGCCGUACGAGAUCGGGUUACUAAAGAAGACGACUCUGUUCGACGCCAGCCAGAAUAAAAUAACCGGGCCGAUCCCGCAGUCGUUCGCGUGCCUCAAAAAGAUUGAAAUUCUCAACCUGGCAAGUAACCAUCUCUACGGCGAAGUGCCGGAGCUGGUCUGCAAACUGCCGAAUUUGCAGAACUUGUCGUUGUCGGAUAACUACUUUACUCAGGUCGGGACUCUGUGUAGGAAGCUGAUAAUGCAGAAGCGUCUCAACGUGAGAAAUAACUGCAUUUUCGAUCUGCCGAACCAGAGGCCUAAGGAGGAGUGUGAGAGAUUCUUCACUAAGAAUCCAAAGACUUGUUCACAGAACAAAAUGAUGUAUUACAUUCCUUGUACCAGACAAUGGGCCUAUCAGGGAAGCGAAUUAUCCGACGGACGACAAUUGUUUGCUUCUUAUGAUGAUGGUGAUGAUCAUGAUCAUGACCAUGAUAGUGGUCGUGGGAGCUCUUCGCCGGUGUUGUAUGGUGCUCUUACGCCUAACGGAUUGCGAAUUUGAUCAUGUCAGUAUGGACAUUAAUUGUCUGUUAAUUAAUUACUAGUAAUGUUUUAUAUAGUUUCUGUUGAUUCUAAAGCAAUGUUGUACCAUCUUGAUUAUAUAUAUUUUGGCGUCCUAAGCAGAUGCUGGGUAUAUGUAUAUGAAUAAAUAGAAUAAAGCAAGAAUUGCAAAUUCUUCCUUUGCUUA